AUGGUCAAAAAAACUUGUGCAGCAAUAGCCAAACUUUCCCUACAAAUAUCCCCAACAAAUGUGGACCAAUACACUGGCUCCAUUGUCCUCCUCUCUCUUCUAUCUCCUCCACGUCAGAGCUUCAAGACUGAGUGGACUGCACCCAGAGCUCAGUCUAAUGCACUGAUCCACACAUACACACACACACACACACACACACAUACACCAUAUGCCUCAACACGUUUUAUUAGCUCUUAUAUAGAUUGGUGUUUUGGCAUCACAAACAUUGUAGUUAAUCCUUUUUCUGCCUCUGAUCUGGGGUUUAAGAAGCCUGCUGCUGCCUCAUGGAGCACAUGUCCUCUCCGGUCAGGUUCCACGGCAACAGAAAAGUUGUCCACUCUGUCGAUUGAGGACGAGGAGGACAUUCAGCUUCCUUAUGCCAUGAGAGAUCUGCCUCCCACCUCACAGCCUGGCGAACAGCUACACACAACAGGCCACCAGGCGGCGGUCUACUGUGAGGCAGAGGGAACUGGGUCAGCAACCAACGGGAGACUCUCCAGCCUUCCAGGGACUCCCUCUCUGCCCCGUCCCACACCCUGCAACCCCACAGGCUCACCAGCGUUCCCUCACAGACCAAGUCGCAUGGGACCGGACUCAGUGUUUCAGCCCCCACCUCUGAGGAGGCAGCUCAUCACUCAGGAGUCUCUGGACUGUCCGCUCAGCCCAGCCUCCCGUCCACGCAGCCCAUGGGGACGCUUUGACCCCUAUGACUCUCCAGAGGAUCAGGACAAGGAGUAUGUGGGUUUUGCCACAUUGCCCAACCAGGUUCAUAGAAAAACAGUGAAGAAAGGUUUCACAUUCACAGUUAUGGUGGCGGGAGAGUCUGGCCUCGGUAAAUCCACGCUGAUCAACAGUCUGUUUCUCACGGACCUCUAUAAAGACAGAAAAGUUCCUAAUGCAGAGGAACGGAUCAAUCAGACAAUCGACAUCAUCAAACACUCCAUUAGCAUUGAGGAGAAAGGAAUCAAAUUGAGGCUCACCAUCAUAGACACACCAGGGUUCGGAGAUGCCAUCGACAACACAGAGAGCUGGAAGCCAAUAGAAGAUUACAUCGACCAGCAGUUUGAACAGUAUUUCAGAGAUGAGAGCGGCUUGAACAGAAGAAACAUCCAGGAUAACAGAGUCCACUGCUGCCUCUACUUCGUCUCUCCAUUUGGACACGGUCUUCGACCUCUGGAUGUUGAGUGUAUGAGGGCCUUGCAUGAAAAAGUCAACAUAGUUCCUGUUUUGGCCAAAGCUGACAGUCUGACACAUGUAGAGGUCUGCAGAAAGAAGAUGAAGAUCCGAGAGGACAUUAAGCAGUUCGGGAUCAACAUCUACCAGUUUCCCGAUUGUGAUUCAGAUGAGGACGAGGACUUUAAGAAACAGGACCAGAUACUCAAGGACAGCAUCCCCUUCGCAAUAAUUGGGAGUAAUGUUCAGAUGGAGAGUAAAGGUCGCAAGUUCAGGGGUCGUGUCUACCCCUGGGGUGUGGUUGAAGUGGAGAACCCGGUUCACUCCGACUUCCUGCUGCUGAGGAACAUGCUGGUGAGGACCCACAUGCAGGAUUUGAAGGACGUGACGCGGGAGACGCACUACGAAAACUACAGAGCCCAGUGCAUCCAGAACAUGACGCGCAUGGUGGUGCAGGAGAGGAAACGCAGUUUGCGUGAAAGGCAUCGAGAGGGGAGCGAGACAGAAAUUCCUCUACCGCUGGCCGUUGUUGACACUGAGAAAGAAAGACUCAUCUUUGAGAAAGACGAACAGCUGAGGAGGAUGCAAGAGGUGCUGGAGAGGAUUCAGGAGCAGAUGCAGAACAGCCAGACAGGAGGCUGCUGAUUCUCCCAUAAUUCCCAGGAUUGAUCGCUGCCUCUGAACACUGAACCACAACUGAUUAACUGAUUAACUCUGUUUGAUUCAUUAUUGUGUUCCUGGAGGGAUCCUAGAUGAGAAUCCAUGCUAAUAGUGUUUACGCUGCCAUCUAGUGGCAGUAAUAGUGAUGUCCAGCGUUGGGUUUUAAAUCUGUAAACUACAUUUUCCAUCACUUGUGAGUAAUGUAUUGUGUUUUUGUCUUUUUUUGUAUUUUUCAUCUUUUGUUCUGACAAUUAUUUUGCCAUUUUGUA